AGACAUAUUAAUGAAACUUGUUCUACAGCUUACAAAAAGAAACCUUUGUGUCAGUUUAAUGGCAGCUUCGUAUUAGAAAUUUAGUUCGUGAUCAAUAUGUUUGUGAGAUUUCCGGUUAUCGUUUUAUUAUUACUUCAUUCAAAAAUGGGUAAAUCAAAUCGAUCGGUGUGUGUAACAGAUGGAUGUAUACGGACUGCUCAGAGAAUACUGGACCACAUGGACCCCUCUGUCAGACCGUGCGAUGACUUCUACAGAUUUGCUUGUGGUAAAUUCCUUCGCACCGCAGUGAUACAAGAUGAUAAGGUAGAAAACGGUGUGUUUGUUCAAGUUGACGAUGCAUUAAGUAAACUAUUGAAGAAUAUGCUCCUCGAGAAUUCGUCACCCACUGAGCCACAUCCUUAUAAAUCAAUGAAACAGUUGUUUUCUAUCUGUUUGGACGAAAAAAAGAUUAAUGACAGAGGCGUCAGUCACGCUGUCUCAAGACUCCAGGCUGCUGGAGGAUGGCCUGUGCUGGGUAACUGGAGUGAGAUCGGCUGGAACUUCCAGGACACUGAAAUAAAACUGAGAAAUCUCUUAAUCGGUGGUGGCAGCCUCUUUAGCAUCUCCGUAAUUGUGGAUUUAAAAAACACUAGCAGACAUGUCAUAGGGGUUGACCAGGGUGAAUUAGGACUUGCGCGAGAGAUUUUAAUCAAAGGGCUAAGUGAUCCUUUAGUCCAAACCUACUAUAGCUACAUGGUAGACAUUGCAGUGAUGUACGGAGCAGAAAGACGAUUUGCUGAAGUGAAACUAAACGAAAGUUUGUUGUUCGAGAUUGAGCUAGCAAAGAUAACAACACCAAAGGAAGGAAGGAGGAACCCUAACCGCAUGUAUAAUCCAUACGAAUUGCAAAAUCUAAUGGAAGAUAUACGUUGGAUCAACUGGAAGGCACUUCUAAAAGGUAUAAUGCCGGCAUCUGUAUCUCCAAGGGAAAACGAAAUUAUUAUCGUCAAAGAAGUUGACUACUUAAAGAAACUAGAGAAGCUACUACAAAAACAUUCAAAUGAAGCAAUAGCCAACUACAUGAUGUGGAAAGCAGCUAAUGGAAUGGUUUCCAUGCUAACCAAUCAGAUGCGAGAGAGACAGAUAAAGUAUCUUAACGUUGUUUAUGGAUUGGCUACGAGAGAGCCCCGUUGGAAAGAGUGUAUCGGUACGGCCUCCAGUCUUACACUGGCUCUGUCAUCGAUUUAUGUGAAGAAAUACUUUGAUGAGGCCUCCAAAAAUGUGGCUUUGGAUAUGAUCAGUAUAAUACGUGAUGAGGUUAUCCAAGACAUUGAUGAACUGGACUGGAUGGAUGAACAGACUAAAAAAAAAGCUAAGUACAAGGUUUCCCGUAUGGUUCCACACGUUGGGUAUCCCGAUGAACUAACGAAUACUAAAAAAAUUGAAGAUUUCUAUGAAGGACUGACCAUUAACAACGAUAAUUACUUUGAGGCUCUGAUGGAUUUGGCUCGUUGGCAGCAUGAGUACAAGUACCGCCUACUGCGAGAGGACGUGAACAAGACAGACUGGAGGACUCACGGUUCUGUUACUGACAUCAACGCAUUUUACAAUCACGUGGAGAAUUCCAUCCAAUUUCCUGCUGGUAUCCUUCAACAUCCAUUCUUCAGCGCUCAAGUGCCUGAGUAUGUGAACUACGCCAGGAUAGGUUUUAUAAUCGGCCACGAGAUUACACAUGGCUUUGAUGAUAAGGGGAGCCGCUUUGACUUCAGAGGUAAUCUUAAAGAGUGGUGGGAUAAGGAGAGCAAGGAGAAAUUCUCAAAGAAGAAGAAGUGUAUAAUAGACCAGUACAGCAACUUUAAAGACAAUCAGACUCAACUAAACUUGAAUGGUGUCAACACGCAGGGAGAAAACAUUGCAGACAUUGGAGGGUUUAAGAUAGCUUACCGUGCGUACAAGCGGAGAGCAGAUCGCCUACCGAAACCGGAACCAGUGCUGCCAAACCUGGAGCAGUACAGUAACGAUCAGCUAUUUAUGCUUAAUAUGGCAAAUGUGUGGUGCAGUAUAGUUGGAACGGAUGCUAUGAAGAUGAGAAUUAUCACAGCUGUGCAUUCUCCAGCGGAGUUCAGAGUCAAUGGAGUACUAAAGAAUUUUCCGGAAUUUUCAAAGGCUUUCCAGUGCGGCCCAACGGACCCAAUGAAUCCAAAGAAGAAAUGCUCAAUUUGGUGAUAUCAUUAAGAAAUUAAAAUAUUAGAUACAGCAAAAUGGUGUAAAAUCAUUAUCUGGGCACAUAGCAGUAAUAUAGUAUACCAAAUUGGGUACAAAUCAGUUGGAAGUGUAGAGCGGGAGGAGUGAAAUUGGGAAUUUCCCAAUGAAACAUUACAUUUGAGUGCAGUUUGAGGGGACGAAACCACGCAUCUCUUUGACAAACCAAAGGGCAAGUGGUGCCUUGUGCUCGGCCCAAAACGAGUGAACUCACACACGAGAUUAACUCUAAACCAAGUGGGUGGAAGGAACUUUAGCGGCCGAGACCACGCUAUUCGAAUUUUGCUCAUAGGGGUAUAUUGUAUAGCUUCGGUCAGUCAGACAAAAGACUAGUAAUCAUAGAUCAUAAAACCAUUAUAGACUAUGUCUCUUUGAAACCAGCUUUCAUGUAGUUCCUUGAAAAUUAUUAAUAAAAGUACAAUUUUAAAUAAAUACUGAUCUUACUGUAAAAUAAUAAUUUCUGUUAUGACGGAACAAGUUAUAAAUAUUAUAUGCGGGAAGUGUACCCUACUACAUUAGAUGAACACGUUAUCAAAAUGAGUUAUUUUGAAAUUUAUUAUAAAAUAAGAUAUUGAAACGUGCUUGGAUUAGUUUAUUUAAAAAAUGAGCUACAUAUAGAUUUAAAUGGUUGGAUGAUGAAGCUAGGGCGUUAUCAUACAGUUUGAAAUGGAAUAUUUAAGCUGAUUUUUAGGUUCUGAUAUAUAUUUUAAUAUUUCUAAUUAUAUUGGAUAAAGUAGCCCAUUAGCUUAUGUCAACUCUGUGGGUUUGAGUGAAUUACAGUAAAAGGGAUCAAAACUGUUGUUA